GGAAAGUUUAUUCAGAGAAAAAGUAACACGUGGGAAAAGGAAGGAGAGGAAAGGACACAAGGGAAAGAUUUUCAUUGCUUGUACGAACGAUUCGAGAUAAGGAAUAGAAGAAUAAGUGUUAACAAUAAGGGAGGAAUACAAUUCGAAUAGCCGCCGUCAGUCGCGGCGGUCAGGCGCCUUGCGUGUCCGAUUCUCCUCUUACAGUGAGAGGGAGGUGUCAUUCAUACCGUGGAACGAAAGAGAAAGAGGAAACUUUGACAGUUGGCUCGUGGCAUCGUGCAGAAAGAACACGCGGGAGAUACCUAAGUUCAUUUUCUUCGUGUACUGCUUUAAAAGGAUAAGAGAGGAACUCGUGCUUUGUGUGUUUCUCAUUAUAUAUACAUACGUAUACGUAUACGUAUAUAUUUCUCUUUGGAUUUAACAGAGAAAAUAAGUGGUGUUUGUGUCACGAUUGACACGCGAAGAAAAAAAUCGACAGAAAGAAAGAAGAGAGAGAGAGAGAGAGAGAGAGAGAGAAAGAGAAAGAGGUGGGUGAGAAGAAAAGUGCGCCAAGUUUUUUUCAAAGAAUAUAAAAGAAGGACAAGAUUUCUGGCAAAUUUUGGAAUGGCUCCUCGACACCUGUGGCUAGAAGCAACUCUCGUCUUUAUCCUCGUUGCAGGUGCGAGGUGCCUGCGGAACGUCAGCUUGGAAGUGGUUCCGGAGGCAGUGCAACGUGGUCAGGAGGUGAUUCUACGCUGCCAUUAUGAUCUCGAGAGGGCGCCCCUUUACUCUGUCAAGUGGUACCGUGGUAGGUACGAGUUCUACCGAUACUCGCCGACCGAAGAACAGACCAACAAGAUUUUUAAUAUCACUGGGAUACACGUUGAUGCUGGUAAGUCCAACAACAACGAGGUAACGCUGCACAACGUCGACUUCGCCCUCUCGGGUACGUUCAGCUGCGAAGUUACAGCAGACGCGCCGACCUUCUCCACAGCCUCCGCCACGAAGAAUCUUACCGUAGUGUCUUUACCAGAAGGUAAACCCUUUAUCGUGUCUGAUCGGGAACGUUACGAUCUUGGGGAUACUCUACGAGCAAAUUGUAGUUUACCAGCAUCGAGGCCAACCGCUCGUCUGUCAUUUGCUCUCAAUAACAUACCGGUGGCAGCGACCUCGAGGAAUCAGGAGGAACACGAACAGCAGAAACGAGAGCAUCGUAGAGAAGGCACUGGAGUUUCUAGUGAGCAGCAACAGCAGCAGCAUCAGCAACAACAGUGGAUCGCCCUCAGUCUACCACUCCAACCAUUUCACUACUCGAACGGCCAGUUGAAUCUACGUUGCAACGCACAAAUCCCUGGAAUAUAUUCGUCCAUGAACGAGUUACAGUUGGGCGCUGGGUUGCGUGAACCUGUACCGGAAAGAGUAACCUCUGAGAACGGAUGCAAGUCGCACAGUGCUGUCUGCCUGACGAUCCUCCUCCUUCUGUGUAUGGUUCAACUGCUCCUAAGAUAGUCACGGCACGCCUAAGAUCAUGAAAAGGAAGUAGUUCAGGAGCGUCGCACGACGAACGGCACACUAGUCACGAAGCGAAGAGGAAGAGAACUCGAGGAACCGAUUCUUCUUCAAGGAAAUAAAUAAAAGGGAAAGGAAUAACAAGACAAAUAACAUUGUCUAUCGCUAUGAAUAUAUUUAUCUGUUUUUAAUGUA